AUGCGGUCUCCGAAUCGAGAUCCAUCUUCCCGCAUUCGUGUAGAUUCCGCCGAGCACGAACCGAAGUGCACGGUUCCUCCCUCGCAGUUCGCCGUGAAGGGAAAUUCCUGGCUUGUGCAAAUGACGGGGAAACACUCCCGAUCGCAGUGUACCGUACAUGCAACUGCAAACGCCAGCAGCGAAACACACACAGCUGCAAAACGCUGGUGCAACGAACUUCUGCGUUCCCGUUCUGACGAGCGGCGGAAACGAGGUCGACGCGGACGGAGCAGGCGAGGGCACGCACCAUCUGCGUUGCGGGCGAGAGGGACCGAGCGGAGACGUAGAGGUGUCGUCGCAUGUAAGAAUCCCACUCGUGCGAGUGGACGGCAGGCUGCUCGAGCGCGUCUCUCCCUGCCCUGCCUCGAAUCUCUCGGCAAGGCGCUCGGUAGAAGCGCCAAGACGAUCAUCUCGACCGGCGCAUCUCCGGAUCGUUUCCUUGGCGUCCUUGGGGAAUUCCAGGAAGCCCGAUGGUCGCCGAGCGCGAUAGAGGAACGAUGGAACGAAAAGUCCAAUGAGGUGAUGAUGGUGGGCCGAUGGGCGGUGCUGGUGAGCGUGAGCGUGCUGGUGAGCGUGAGCGUGAGCGCGAGCGCUCUCACCUCUGACGCGAACCGCGAGGACCUGUUCUCGGCGACGGUGAAGCUCGAGACCCUCCUCGCGAACGAGCAGGUCCUCGUCGAGAACCUGGACACUUACCUGCUAUAUGCGCAGCAGCGACUCGACAUCGUCAGGGAUUACGUGAGGGGAUUCCGCGAGGCGGUGGCCCAGCGGACGUACUCGGAGCUGGUGGCGAACCCGAUCGAUGCCUUCCUCCUGGUCAAGCGGUCCACGAUCGACUGGACGGCCGUCGAGGAUGCGCUCGUCAAAGAGCUCAACCACUCCAAAGUGAUCCAUGCCUGGUCGGUCCAAUUCCGGGAAACCGGGUUUUUCCCGGUCGUGGACGACCUGCAAGGAGCGGCCAUCUCGCUCGUGCAACUCCAGGACAUCUACAAGCUUAACAUGACGGAGUUCCCCGACGGGUUCUUCCGGGGAUUCGGGGAGCGGCACCGACUCCAUCCUCAAGGUUUCCGAAGCGCGGGGCAGCUGAGCGCCCGGGACUGCGAGUUCCUGGGACGCCACGCCUUCAACAAGGGAUUCUACGACACGGCCAUCCAGUGGAUGGAGACGGCCUACCGCAAGGGGGUGGAGGAAUCCCUCCCCCAGGAUCGGAUGAGGGACAUCCAGCAGUCUCUCGAGAUGGCGGCGAGAGUCCACGACGAGAUCCUGGAGCAGCAGGGCCCCCGCGGCUACAACUGGCACACGCGGGAGCGGCCGCUGGACCCGACGCUGGCACGGAAGGAGCGGUACCUGGACUCCCUCCCGAAGGCGCAGUUCGUGCCGAAGCUUUACCAGAUCCAGACCGAAGAGGAGCAGACGGAGCACAUGGAGAGGCUGUGCAGGGGAGAACGACUCAGGCCGCCGGCGUUGGAGGCCGGACUGAAGUGUCGGUAUGUGUCCUGGCACCCGUCCCUGCUGAUCGGACCCCUGAAGCUGGAGGAGCAGUCUCACGAACCGUACAUCGUCGUCUUCCAUAACUUCUUUUCGGACGCGGAGGCGGAGCACUACAAGCAGCUCGGCAUACCCAGGCUGGCGACGUCGAAGCACAUGGCGCCGGACGGUAAUUACGUCUCGAGCAUGGUCCGCACCAGCAAAAACGGGUGGCUGCGGAACGAGGACGACCCGAUGGUGCCGAAGAUCGCGCGGCGGAUCGAGAUCGCGACGGGGCUCCGGGCGAUGGAGCGGCAGUCGGCCGAGGAUUUCCAGAUCGCCAACUACGGGAUCGGGGGAUUGUACACGACGCACACGGAUUUCUUCAUCUCGAACACGGCCGAUCCGACGAAGCUGCCGGAACACGAGGUCUUCAUCGGGGAUCGGCUCGCCACCUUCCUCAUCUACGUGACGGACGUGGAAGCGGGAGGAGCGACGGUGUUCCCACGGGCGGGCGUCACCCUCUGGCCCGAGAAGGGAAGCGCUGCCUUCUGGUACAAUCUCUACAAGUCGGGGCUCGGGGACGAGAACACUCGGCACGCCGCUUGCCCCGUCCUCCAUGGAUCCAAGUGGAUCAGCAACAAGUGGAUCCGGAUGAACGAUCAGAUGUUCGACGCCCCGUGCGGAUUGCAUCAUCUGGAGAAAUUCGCGACGCCGUGAGGGCCGGAAGAGCGUCUUUCGGGGUCUUCACGCCUUCGCGCGACGGUCGUGACUUUUCUUUUGCCUUCUCGAGGGGUCCGUCGGACCCGCACAUGUGAUAGAGCACUGUAUUAUUUAACUGGUUGGGCAUCGACCAAGUGAUUUUACGAGUCUCUCUCUCUCUCUCGUUCACGGUUGUGCGUUUUGCGUGUGAUUUUUUUUUCGGGGGGAGGAAUUUCUGAUCGUCGGGAUGCAUCUUUAUCGACAAAAAGGGCUUUCAACAUAGUUCUUGUUUUUUUUUUUUAAGGGUUUUUUUUUCCCCGAUUAUUUUUUAUGAAAACGAAAAAUAAGCUCGCUGUCCCUGAAGUGGAGUUGACGCCGUGUGCCGAUUGAGAAAUAUAAACGAA